AUGCUCUGCAUCACGCUCCCCUUCGGCCCCUGCAUCCGCCGCCUCCCCUGCAGUGCUCCCCACUGCCAGCGCCACGCAACCACCUCCCUCACCCUCGCCCGCGCCACCCCACAUCCCUUCUGCCUCGAGCACCACGCCCACGCACUCGCCCAGCUGCGUGAACUCGUCCGCUUCGACGCCCUGCUAAACAAGCUGCUCCUGGUGACCGGCAAGUGGUACAUGUGUGACCGCACGCUGGGCAGCACGCAGCUGCCAAAUGGCACGCUGGUGCUGUGGCGGGGCAGCACGAGCCUACUGCGCGCUGCAAACGGGGGCAACGUGAGUCCGGUGAGCGUGCGGAUUCGGGACAUCGCGGUGUGCUUUAAUUCGUGUAUUGUAGCGAUGCGAGUGCUGGCUGGUGUGCUCGCGUACCUUGGUGGCGAAGCUUGGGAAGCUGAGGAAAUCGAUUUCCGUGGCGCGCUGGCGUCGCAGCGUAUUAUGUUCGUUAACGUGGACUGCACGCCCGCGGACGGCGCGCCGCGCAUACACGCCGAGUCGUUGGCGCAGAAGCACUCGAUGUUCCAGCUCUCGUCGGAACUGCUGGGGAGGGUGAUGCUUGACCCUACGGCGCCGCAGUAUGGGCACGCGCAGGGCUGGCGCUUCAGCGACGACUACCCGGAUGCGUACCGGGACGCGGCGCCGCGGGUGCGAGAGCUGUGUCGGCCUUCGAGGCAGCGCUAUGGCCAGGCGUAUGUGCGGCACCGCGUGUAUGUGGAGUCGUGGAGAGCGGGGAGAGUGGGGAGCGCGAACUGGCCAGCAGUGUGUCUGGCGGUGGUCCGGCACACAAACAACAUCGUGUACGAGCGGGUGGAGGAGGCGGGAGGGCCCCAGGUGGUAAGGUCGGCGGACGAUGAGACUUGGUUGCGGAUCGAGGGUGACAUCGUGGAUAGGAUUGAAAACCGGAUGAGGACGCUGAUGGCAGAGGUGGAGGAACUCGAGGGUCGUGGCUACACCGGUGAGCGCCGUCGAGAAGGCUUUUGGGAGUUGGUGACUGCCUCUCAGGGGCCAGGAAACAUCGCUCUCGUGAAACUGCUCUCGGUCGUAUACGGAGAUGAAUUAUUGUCGUAG